ACACAGCUCCUUCAUCACGGCCUCGUAAAGUUGUGUGACACACGCCUGAGCUCGGUCUGUUUCCGGUCUCCAACCAUUUCAUGUUUUUCGUUUGUCCUGUAAUCAAUGGACAAUGUCUCGGUUCUAUAACUAAAACAUCUACGUGGAUGUGUUGUGUAGAGUUUAAAGUUUGAGAAGUGAAUUUGUUAACAACCUGAAUAUGUCAUAAUUCUAGCUACUUCCUGGUGUCAACAUGUGAAAGUUGUCCUACUGAAAGUGCAGAAAAUGGCGGUUAAAUAAAACAUUUUUAGACUCCUGUGUAGGCUAGAAGUCUCCUGUGUAGGCUAGAAGUCUCCUGUGUAGGCUAGAAGUCUCCUGUGUAGGCUAGAAGUCUCCUGUGUAGGCUAGAAGUCUCCUGUGUAGUCUGCCAUUCCACAUUUUAAUGUAAACAGUAAUCAGUAUUAUUUUUCAAGAUAACUCAAAAAUGGUUUUUAAAGCUUUUUCAAGGUAAGCAACUGGUUAGACUUUACUUCAAGUCAUAGUCAUAAGUAAAUUGUUUAGACAUAACUGUAAGUCUUAAGUAAAUUGUUCAGACUUAACUGUAAAUCUUAAGUGAAUUGUUUAGACCUAACUGUAAAUCUUAAGUGAAUUGUUUAGACCUAACUGUAAUAAAUUGUUUAGACCUAACUGUAAGUCUUAAGUAAAUUGUUUAAACCCAACCGUAAGUCUCAAGUAAUUUUUUUAGACCUAACUGUUUUAAAUUAAGUCUUAUUAUAAUUUCAAUGUGAACGUAGAACUAUGCAAAGUAUUAAAAAUGUAUAUUUUUUUCAAGUGUAGACAAAGAAUACAAUUUUUGUCGUAAAAAUGUAACAGGUGUUCGUUUUAAUUUUUAUUUUCAACUUGAAUAAGUGUAAUAUUCCCGUGUAAACUUUGAAUCAUUGUCAGUGUAAAAUUCUAAAGUUUAAAGUUAAUGCCUAUAAUCUGAAUAAGAGAAAAUGUACAACACAUUUACCAAUUCCCUGUUUGAGAACUAGGUACCAGGUAAGGUAUUUAAUAUAUUAUUAAAAAAAAAAUCAUUGUAAAACAUGACUCAGUGUAACUGUGCUCUAAUGUCUAUAACUAGACCAACUAUAAGAUAACAGUGACCAACAACGCAUCUUGGCCGUAUCCUGUUUGCGUCGUGGCAACUUGAACCUACCUCUAAAUGUUGAACGAUCCUUGCUAUAGCUGAACGCUUAAACACUAAAUCGGUGUUGUCCAAUAAACACUUAGACAAGGAAGCUUUUAACGAUCCCAGUUUUUUUUCUCAAACCCCGAUCAAGGAAAGCUGACAAUCUUUUCCCUAUAAAUAUGAAUACUAGUUCUGGCCCGCCAAACAAUGGCGCUGCAAUGCGUCAACUUCCCAUCUGCUUAUGUUAUCUGACGAAAUAUGCAUCUCAAGUGACGCACUUAAUGACAAUGCCAAUUAGCUUUAAGCGCCCCCCCUCCCCCCCCCUUUCCUUUUUUUCCCCACAACCAGAUACUCAAAGGCAAACUUUUUUUCACGCCCCUGAACUAAAUUAAAAUCCUCACGUCACACCCCAUUUCACACCGCAGAUUUAUUUUCACUCCAAUUAUUUCCGUAAAUCAAAAGAAAAUAUGACGCACCGAAUGCGCUUGCGGGAUUCUUAAAAAUUGCGGUUAUGCGCGGUUGUGGGAAAUGUUAUUUUGCGCGCUAUUGAACUCGCCAUUACACCUUACAUACUUGAAUAAUUACAGCAAGUGAUGUCAUAAUUAUCCCGAGAUAAUAUCUGGUGGUCAAGGCCAGCCGAGGGUUGUUAAUAUAAUAUCAGUAAGAAAAGGAAACGUAUGUUGUUGUUUUUUUAAAAUGUAUUCUCCGUUUAUAUUCCAAACCUUGAAUGGUUUCUUCCAGGCUGAAAGCACCAAGCCAGACCACCGACGUAUCAUCAACCUAUGACGAAUUAAAGAAGUCGUUGCUGCCAGAAGACAACCCCUCACACUCGAGUUCGUACCUCACCGUGGGUCUCUAUCCCGUCCAUUGCCUGGUGCAGAGCCCGACCACCGACGAGACGGUCCUGGAGAGGAGGAUGGCCAACUGUUUUCUCCGCGCGUUCAUCACACUCCUCCACCUGGCCCUGGCCGGGGGUGCCGGGUUUGUCUGCGUCUACUCCAUCAUUGGCUGGGACACGACCUACCAGUGUCUGCCUACUCUAUUUAAUAAAGAUGGCACGUCCAUGAAGUUCGUAAGUUCCACUUGAUAAACUUUUCAGACGUUUACAUGAAAAAAAUAUGUUAAAUGAUUCCAUAGAAGGUCUUGUAACAUUGUUUCCCCUUGACAAAACUUAAUCCCACCUCCUCUGUCUCUUUUAACUUUUUUUUUUUUUUUUUUUUUUUUUUUUUUUUUUUUUUUUUUUUUUUUUGUCGUGGCUUUGACUGAGUAAAUGUCUGAACUCUCUUUAUUUUUACUUGUCUCGCUGGCUUAAAUCGCUGCCUGUGGGGAGGGGUGGGAAGGUGAGAGAUGCUGCUGUUCAAUAGAGUUUUACAGUAUGCUAUAAGACUACAUUGAACCAAAAGCCUUGCCAGUUGUACUGCAUACCUUCAUCGUUAGAAUUGUAGUAACAUCAACUGCAAGUUUGUCCUAUAUCACCGCGUGUGAAUGACUGAAUUAUAUGUUUAUCCGAUGGUAACUUUCUCUUUCGGACAUGGUGAUCUGCGGACCAAAUUAACCAGUUUCCUGGCAAUAUCUUCAACGAAAUGAAUGACCCUUGGAGAGCUGACCCUUUCUUAGUUACACGCCAUCUUUCUGCUUUGUUCAUGAUAAAAGUCAAAGGGUCAGAGAAAAAAGUUUUAUCCGAACACCUGUCACAGAAUACAGCCUUGUCCGAGCAUCUGUCUAAGUGCCAAAUGAUUGUUCAUGUUCCGCAGCAGUUUUACAUUCAAUGCUCUCAUUUCAAGAAUUGAUUUUAAAUGUUGUGCCCCCCCCCCCCCCCCCAUUUGAUAACUUCCAAAUUUAAACUUUUUGAUUGAAUCUGGUCCAAACCUGUGUUUCAAUUGGUCCAAACCUGUGUUUCAAUUGUUCCAAACCUGUGUUUCAAUUGAUCCAAACCUGUGUUUCAAUAGGUCCAAACCUGUGUUUCAAUUGAUCCAAACCUGUGUUUCAAUUGGUCUAAACCUGUGUUUCAAUUUUUCCAAACAUGUGUUUCAAUUGAUCCAAACCUGUGUUUCAAUUGGUCCAAACCUGUGUUUCAAUUGAUCCAAAUCUGUGUUUAAAUUGAUCCAAAGCUGUUUUUCAAUUAAUCAAAACCUUUGUUUCAGUUGGUCCAAACCUGUGUUUCAGUUGGUCCAAACCAGUGUUUCAAUUGAUCCAAACCUGUGUUUCAGUUGAUCUAAACCUGUAUUUGAGUUAAACCUGUGUUUAAAUUGAUCCAAACUUGUGUUUCAAUUGAUCCAAACCUGUGUAUCAAUUGAUCCAAACCUGUGUUUCAAUUGAUACAAACCUGUGUUUCAGUUGGUCCAAAUCUGUGUUUCAAUUGGUCCAAACCUGUGUUCCAAUUGGUCCAAACCUGUGUUUCAAUUGGUCCAAACCUGUGUUUCAAUUGAUCAAAACCUGUGUUUCAAUUGGUCCAAACCUGUGUUUCAAAUGAUCCAAACUUGUGUUUCAAUUGAUCCAAACCUGUGUUUCAAUUGUUCCAAACCUGUGUUUCAAUUGAUCCAAACCUGUGUUUCAAUUGAUCUAAACCUGUAUUUGAGUUGGUCCAAACCUGUGUUUAAAUUGAUCCAAAGCUGUGUUUCAAUUGGUCCAAACCUGUGUUUCAAUUGAUCCCAACCUGUGUUUCAAUUGUUCCAAACCUGUGUUUCAAAUAAUCCAAACUUGUGUUUCAAUUGAUCCCAACCUGUGUUUCAAUUGGUCCAAACCUGUGUUUCAAAUGAUCCAAACUUGCGUUUCAAUUGGUCCAAACCUGUGUUUCAAAUGAUCCAAACUUGUGUUUCAAUUGAUCCCAACCUGUGUUUCAAUUGGUCCAAACCUGUGUUUCAAAUGAUCAAAACAUGUGUUUCAGUUGGUCCAAACCUGUGUUUCAGUUGGUCCAAAUCUGUGUUUCAAUUGAUCCAAACCUGUGUUUCAGUUGAUCUAAACCUGUGUUUCAGUUGGUCCAAACCUGUGUUUCAAUUGAUCCAAACUUGUGUUUCAAUUGAUCCAAACCCAUGUUUCAAUUGGUCCAAACCUGUGUUUCAUUUGAUCCCAACCUGUGUUAUAAUUGGUUCAAACCUGUGUUUCAAAUUAUCAAAACCUGUAUUUCAGUUGGUCCAAAUCUGUGUUUCAAUUGGUCCAAACCUGUGUUUCAAUUGGUCCAAACCAGUGUAUCAAUUGAUCAAAACCUGUGUUUCAAUUGAUCCAAACCUGUGUUUCAGUUGGUCCAAAUCUGGCUUUCAAUUGGUCCAAACUGGUAUUUCAAUUGGUCCAAACCUGUGUUUCAGUUGGUCCAAAUCUGUGUUUCAAUUGGUCCAAACCUGUAUUUCAAUUGGUCCAAACCUGUGUUUCAAUUGGUCCAAAUCUGUGUUUCCAUUGGUCCAAACCUGUGUUUCAAUUGGUCCAAACCUGUGCUUCAGUUGGUCCAAAUCUGUGUUUCAAUUGGUCCAAACCUAUGUUUCAAUAGGUCCAAACCUGUGUUUCAAUUGGUCUAAACCUGUGUUUCAAUUAAUCCAAACCUGUGUUUCAAUUGGUCCAAAUCUGUGUAUCAAUUGAUCCAAACCUGUGUUUCAAUUGAUCCAAACCUGUGUUUCAGUUGGUCCAAAUAUGUGUUUCAAUUGGUCCAAACCUGUGUUUCAAUUGGUCCAAACCUGUGUUUCAAUUUAUCCAAACCUGUGUUUCAAUUCGUCCAAACCUGUGUUUCAAUUGAUCCAACCAAACCUGUGUUUCAAUUGGUCCAAACCUGUGUUUCAAUUGGUCCAAACCUGUGUAUCAAUUGAUCAAAACCUGUGUUUUAAUUUAUCUAAACCUGUGAUUUAGUUUGUCCAAAUCUGUGUUUCAAUUGGUCCAAAUCUGUGUUUCAAUUGGUCCAAACCUGUGUUUCAAUUGGUCCAAAUCUGUGUUUCAAUUGGUCCUAACCUGUGUUUCAAUUGGUCCAAACCUGUGUUUCAAUUGAUCCAAACCUGUGUUUCAAUUGGUCCAAACCUGUGUUUCAAAUGGUCCAAACUUGUGUUUCAAUUGAUCCAAACCUGUGUUUCAAUUGUUCCAAACCUGUGUUUCAAUUGCUCCAAAUCUGUGUUUCAAUUGGUCCAAACCUGUGUUUCAAUUGGUCUAAACCUGUGUUUCAAUUGGUCCAAACCUGUGUUUCAGUUGGUCCAAACCUGUGUUUCAGUUGGUCCAAAUCUGUGUUUCAAUGGGUCCAAACCUGUGUUUCAAUUGGUCCAAGCCUGUGUUUCAAUUUGUCUAAACCUGCGUUUCAGUUAAUCCAAACCUGUGUUUAAUAGGUUUUCAGUCAAAGUUGUGUCUGCGUUUUUUCACCAAAAAUCAAAUUCCAUCUUUUCCCAUUAAUUAGAACAUAUGUACGCAUUUGUCGUCAUGUCCAAUUUGAUUAAUGAUGAGCACAUUUAUUAUCAUAUACGUCUUGAUUACUAAAAUUUAAAAAAUAAUGUUCUGGUAAUCCGUGACAUUUUCAAAAAAAAAAAAAAGGUAUAUUGGAUACGUCAUUUUAACAUGUGCUAGAAAGUAACCCAGUGAAUGACCCUUGCUGUCCACUGUUGUUCUCCAGGUCAACGGACUGCCCACAGUCUGCAGCGUCAUUGUAUUUAGUAUGAGUGGAGUGUGUAUCCUGAACUUUCUUAUGUCGAUCUUAGUCAACGUGCGAUGGAUCCAUACCUGGUAUGUAGUUUGGUGCACGCGUAUGAUAUUUUUGAUGGUGCACAUAUAUGACAUAUUGAAAUAUAGAUCUCAUAUUGUAGGUAGCUUGAAUUCUUAUUUUUAUUUAAUGACUAGCUAAUUUACCUGUCUUUUUUAAUUUUCCCCCUCUCAUGCUGGCAUGAAAUCCGUCACCAGAAACCAAUACCAGCGUCAUCACCUUUUAUAAGCCCCACUUUCAUCCCAACAAAUGCCCAUUUCUCUGGCAACACGUCUUCCUCCUACAUUCCCAUUUCCUCCUUCAGCAGCCCCCCCCCCCGUCUCCUUCAACCUCCACUUCUCCCCAUGCCCCACCAUCCACCAGCUCCUCGACCAUUCCCUGACUCCGAUCUCAAAUCUCGCUUUCCAUCUCAAUGCCAAUAAACCAAGCACCCCUUCAACCUAACCUUAUGUCUUCACUAUAUGCCUCCUCACCUCCAGGCACCUCCCCACCUCCAGGCGCCUCCCCACCUCCAGACGCCUUCCCUUACACGCCCUUAUUUUCUCCCAGUCUAUCAUAACCUCUCCCACUCUAUCAUAACUUCUCCCAGUCUAUCAUAACCUCUCCCACUCUAUCAUAACCUCUCCCAGUCUAUCGUAACCUCUCCCACUCUAUCAUAACUUCUCCCAGUAUAUCAUAACCUCUCCCACUCUAUCAUAACUUCUCCCAGUCUAUCGUUACCUCUCCCACUCUAUCAUAACUUCUCCCACUCUAUCAUAACUUCUCCCACUCUAUCAUAACCUCUUCCACUCUAUCGUAACCUCUCCCACUAUCACAACUACUACCACUCUAUCAUAACAUCUCCCACUCUAUCUCAUUUUCUCCCACUAUCAUAACUUCUCCCACUCUAUCACAACUUCUCCCACUCUAUCACAAAUUCUCCCACUCUAUCAUAGCCUCUCCCACUCUACGAUUCUUCACGUCCCCACCUUUAAAAAACAAAAGAAACAAACAAUCAACAUUCAAAUCUAAUUGAUUUGUUUUCUUUUUUGACGUCUGCCAGUAUCGUCCACAACAACUUGGUCCUGUCCCUGCUAAUGGGAGCAAUAUCAGUUUUUGGCGGGAGUCUGUUCACUGUCCAUUACAUGUUGUGGUGUGACUCAAUGCAACAGGGGUCUUUCUUUGACUCGUAAGUUAAUUGUGAUGUCAGUUAAAUGUGUUUGCCAGACUCACCCGGUAAUGGUACUCUGCUAUCGUUCAUGUCUUUAAAGACAAUACGCAAAUGUAUUACCAUGAGACAAUCAAAUUAUUGAUAUCAUACAGACUUCGGUAACUGAUCCGUCCGUGCUUCACUAUGGGGGAGUGGGAUGUCUUUGAACUCUUUGUGCAAAUUAUAAAAACUUAAAAACGCAGUCCGUUGCUUCGUCUAAUUGGAAGAAGUCUGUUCUCCUUUUUCAGGGGCCUCUCCCUUCUGAAGUGUUUUUUUUUUAUAUUUUUUUUUUUUUCAGGGUUAAAUUGAUACCACAAAAAAAAAAAUUGGAAAAAAAAAACAAAAACAAAAAAAAACCCACACACAUCAGAAAUUAGAUAACGCAGAAUGUUCAAAUCAUUCAUUAAGCACACGAAAACGCUGCUUGCCAUUUUAAAAUCUGUUACAUUAACUUCGCCUUUGUUCUUGGGUGGUUGGCUUGCAAAAUUCUUCGGAAGGCUGAUUGACACACUUCCCGUAAACCUAUCGAGAUGAAAAUUCUUCCAAAUUACCACCCCAACCCCCCCAAAAAAAAAUAUAUUAAAAAAAUCAGUUUUUUCACGUGUUUCAAGGGGAAAAUGAAGAAAAUAUGAUUUCAGGAAAACUGCGCUGUAUGAGAUGCUUUUGAAAAAUGUCGUAACUGCGUGUGGUGUUUUCUUUUGUUUUUCUGAAACAGUUGCUGAAAUAAAUCUCCGCUGUAAAACCGGUUGAGUCAUCAUCUAGGCUGGUCAUCAUCUAGGCUGGUCAUCAUCUAGGCUGUGAAUAAUUACAGAGUUUCUAGGUUUUUUUUGUUUUUUUUUAAAUCAAGGCAGCUUAUUAAAAUUCAAUCACGUAGAAGCAAAAAAUGGAGGAUCUUAAAAAAUAUCGUGGAAUCUCGUGACGUCACGAACAUAAGCACAGUGACGCUCUGAACAUUCUAACUCUGUGACACAUAUUCAAUUAUCGCACAUAAAAGUGCAGGUACUGGGAAUUUGAAUUUGCGUGCCUAGCGUGCGCAACGUUUCUGAGGAAAUUGCACAGCCGCACAUCCACCUACAAAAUUGUCUAAGGUAUAACAGCGCGCAAAACAUGAUACCCAACAGCGCUAAAUAAGGCUCUUCAGAAUACCUCAAGUGUGUUUGGUGCGUAGUGUAUUUUCUGUUGUAUUCCGGAAACAGUUGUAAAAAAUCUGCGAGGUAAAAGGGGGGUGGGAAAUUAGAAUAUUAAUAUAGUUCAGGAGCGGUGGUUUACGAGGAGGGGGGAUAACACAUACCCACCCUGGUUGGAAAAGGGUUGGGGGGGGGGGCAAUAGUUAGGAAUCUUAUAAAGUGCUUUACUUGAAUGCUAGCUUUAUCAAGUGAUUUCAGUAGAUAUGAAAAUCCCAAAUUUCGCCCGCCAUAUCUUGGCGUGUUAUAAUAUAAACAUCCUAAACAUAUGUUUUUUUACAACUCUAAAAAUAUAUCUAUGCUUAUAUUUUUUGUUCGAUUAUACCGUACAAUUUUGUUUAAUGUAGUUUGUGCCUAUAAAACAGUAUUACUCUAUAUUUUAAACAGUUGCAGUAGAGCUGCAGACUACUUCCAUGACAACACCGGGACGAGUAUGUCUGACUACAAGCAUAAAAUCGAAGUACAACAGGUAAAGUAUUUCAUAGCUCAUUUAUUCUAAUGAUCGAAUUACGUCAUGUGCAGGUAAUAGAACCCCCCUUCGGAUUUGUAUAAAAAAUGAAGUACAGCGUUCAAGCUGUGUUAAGUGUAGAGUUGAACAGCGUUCAAAGCUGUUGAAAGGGUAGAGUUGAACAGCGUUCAAGCUGGUUAAGGAAAGAGUUGGAAAAAAUGUGCGUGGAAGCUCUAGUUAAAUAACGUCCUGAAAUCUUGGUUUUGAAAAAUACAGCAUCCGGCAAUAACAAAGGACGGUCAGUUAAGAUUUUAACUUGUUGCUACUUCUUGUCCUAGUUUCAUCCGUCCUGUCUGCUGAUGGAGGUUCUUAGCCGAAACGUUCUUGUCUCCUUGUUCGGGUUCUUAACGUGUUUUCGAAUUCGUGCCUGUGAAAAUCGGAGUGCCUGCCUCUAAGAACUGGUUUUAAUUUCAAAACUAGAAGUGUCUCUGGGAAAGUUGGCACAUUCAACCCAUUUUUUACAACUAUUUUGUCAACACUAUUCCUUCAUAGCAUUCUAUGUUUUAACUUAUUUUUAAAUCUCCUUUUUUAUUUGAAAAUUCGCAAAUUACAUGAAGGAAUAUGUGUGCCCUUGUCUUCCAGAAAUUUUUCAUUUACAUCUUAUUAUGAAAUCAAGGGCAGUAACUGUUUUAAACAGAUGAUGACAGAAACGAAUUGGUUAUCUCCUCUACUCAUAUUUUUUUCGUCGAAAUGGAAAUUGUUAAAAAAAAAUCAGAUCGUUUCGCAGAGUAGAUUCUGGAACCCAAUUAUAAUUUAACCAAUUUAAAAAGCUCUUUUGAAAGAGGAUACUAAGGGAAGGGGGGCUGCCUUGUGCUACUUAUUUUCUUAUUUUAAAGAAUCUACAUAUCGCUAAUCUCUCUUUCCAGAUAGCCACCUGGGCAUUAUUUCCCCUGUCCUUGUUUGCCGUGUUGACCUACAUCUUAAUCAUACGCAUCUCUUCAAGACCGGACCACGGCGAAAACUCGGGGUCCUACCGUUACCUCGUGCUGCGAGAGGAAGACACGCCGCUGUUGCACCCCACGUACAACCCCACCACGAGAAAUGCCGCCUAUGACAGCAGUGUGAGAUACACACCUGCCUACACGGACGGCGUGACCCGAGCAGGUGCCGGAGGCCCUAACUACACGCCAACAGCAACAUCAGCCCCUCUGGUCAGAAACACGUCGUCAUCUUUUUCACAAGCGGCCCCUCCUUACGGCGCAGCGCCACCACAAUCCUACGGCGCCGCGCCACCCCAGUCCAACGGUGCCGCACUUUCCUCCUCUUAUAACGCCAACUCCGUCACCAUGAGGCCCUUGUCUCCCCAAGGGGCACCCACGUCCUCUGAGUCGUAGACUCAAGGCCUUUACUUUGCCAACAAUGUCGAGUUGUUUUUAAUUGCACACCAAACUUGUCAGUGAAUUGAAGACAAUGUCUGGUGACCACCAGAGCAUUGUGUGGACAUUAAAUAGAACUUGAUGAACAUACAACAACUGAUGUCUAAGUUUGUGAACAACUCUAUCAAUAAAUGAUGCAAUAAAAUGCGAUUUUCAUUUUCAGCUUAAAAUUUUCACAACAUUUGUCGUUGACAAGUUGUACUGUUACUUGUGUAAUAUUUACUCAGAUUUGUAAGUGCACAAGUGUUGGAGCAGAAUAGUUAGUGGCUGUAUUAAAUUUGAAGAGCACAAGAGAAAAAUUGUGAUCUCUCAUGUCCCUGAAGUCUCAGGCCGGAACCACCAGUAUGUAGAAAAAUUAGAAGAUUUUUAACAUACGGUAAUUAUUUUGCAAAAUAAUUUUUUUUUCCUUUGAAACAUUUUCUUAUCUUUGUCGACUCUGUUCCCGGUGUCUUUUUACCAGCGGUUUUUACGGGCUACAAUGUAGGGGGAAUAUGACCUCUGAAUUUGACGGUCAUUGGGAUGAAAGCAUCUUGACCGCAUUGCAACUAAAUGCCCCCCCCCUUUCCCCCAACCCACCCCGCUGUGUUGUUUUCAAUGUAAGGUUUAAAAUAGCAAGCGUUUUUCUUCUCUUUUUAAUAAUUUUUAUUUACAUUCUUUGAGAAGAAAUCCAUCAAAACCAUUUGUUGAUGUUCAUUGUCUAUUUGCCAUAAAUGAUUACGUCAUUCUAUAUUAUCAUAAAUGCAUGUGUAAAUAAAAUUACCGCUUCACUCUUAUAA